CCACCCGCGGCGGCCCACACGGAGUCUCCCCGCCUGGGGCCGGGGCACCUUGGGAAGAGCUAUUUGGAGACUUCCGGCGAGGGCCGGAAGUUGUGGUUACUAGGGCGACACCAAGCCGCAGGCCCAGCUUUUCGGAGUUUCACAGAUGUUCCCAGAGCUGCCCUCUGUGAUGUCAUCCCCCGUUGGAAGUCGCGCCCAGAAGAUGAGGCUGCCCAUGUUUACACAAAAGGGGCUACUGGAGGUGCCAUCCCCGACAGAGAAGGACUGGUCUAAGGAUGACGACGAGGAUUAUGUCUUCAGGGAUCCAGACCGGGAGCGGGACUCCCUGCCUCAGCCUUAUCGGAUGAUCAACAAGCUGGUGAACCUUCUGUUUGACAGGGCGUGGGAAGUUAUUGAGGAGAGGGACACGCUGAGGCAAGCGGAGCUCAGCCGGACCCAGCCCACCACCUACCCUCCGGUUAUGGAAAGCAAGCUCAACCAAAUGCCAAACUGUAUGGCUAUUUGCCAAGACUACGUGUUUAUUGGAGGAGCCAAAGGAUUCUCCAUCUAUAAUCUGUACAAUGCCAAACGGAUAUACGUUUGGGAUAAACUUAAGCUUGAUGUCACUUCCAUCUGGACCACAGAUCUGGGGAGUGAAAUACUUGUUGUUCCUGUGGAUGAGAUGGGUAUCGUUAGACUGUUGUAUUUUUAUAAGGGUGGUCUUUUCCUCAUCAAAGCCAUCAACGAAGUGGAUGACACCAGCAAGCAAACUACCUGUGUAAAGAUGGAGAUUUCUCAAGGAGGAGACUUUGCAGCCUUCCUGCUACAAGGAGCCGGAGAUAUUUGGCUGGAUGUGUAUAAAUUGCCCAAGGAGUCUUGGCUCAAGGAAGUGGAGCACCCCCAACUUGCUCUGAAUCCAAAGAAAAAAGGCAGACAGCCGCAACUGAACACUCUUGAGCCCAUGACUUCAGAUAAUUUAGAAAUGGAUACAAACAUUUGUUUUAAAGGAGACAUUAAGUUGAGUCUUCCAGUUCACAUAAUGAAGAUCAAACCACCCAAACCAGUUACGGGUACCACCUUUAAAAGCCCCCUGGAAGUCUUUGCAAAGAUAGAGGACAGCUACGGGCUGGGCUCGGGGCAGAAUCACUUCAUCAAGGACAGUCAGUGGGAGCAGCACACGGCCAUCUUCAAGGCCACAUACAAGAAGUACCUGGACGGGGAGUGGGAGGAGGAGCCGCUCAGUACGGCCACGUUCUAUUUCCUCCUUCCUAGCUGCAUAACGGCAAUGCCAAUGGAGGUCAAGAGCCCGUCAGGGGUAGCCUGUGUCCUGGGCAUACACUGGACUAGACAUCACAACUUCUUCCUCUAUUCACUUAACCGGACCCUGAAGGAUAGAGUUGACCCCGAGGGCGUGUGGCCCUGUGCUGCGCCGAUUGCCGUGUCUCAGCUCAGCUCCUCCAGCUCCUACCUGGUGCUGGCCUGCGAGGACGGUGUGCUCACACUGUGGGACCUGGCCGAAGGAUUCCCUCUUGGGGUCAUCGCUCUUCCUGAGGGAUGUUUCUGCCAAAGCAUUCACUUCCUAAAAUACUUCGUAGUCCACAAAGGACAGAACAUGUAUCCUGAGGGUCCAGUGAAAUCCCACAUCAUGUGUGUGGUGCUGUGCACAGACGCGUCUCUCCAUCUGGUGGCAGCCAAAGGAACCCAGGGACCCACCAGCCGUGUGCUUGUUGAGAGGCCUGUCAAGCACCUGGAUGAGGCCAUCUGUGCAGUGGCCCCCGUCCCAGCCUUGCCCGGUAUGGUGCUGGUCUUCUCCAGGAAUGGCUCUGUGCAACUCCUGGAUGUGGCCAAGCCUCAGAUCGUCUGCGCCUUCGCUCCUCCAGGAGCCCACCAUCCGGCGGGGCACUGGACGCCAGUGUUCGUCGUGUCUUUACAGCACCCGUAUUUCCUGCUCCGAGGAGACCCUCCUGGGGAACCAGAGUCCACCGACAGUGCCAGCGACAUCCAAUCUUCUGUCUUUUAUUUUCAUUUCGACGCCUACCCACUCCUGGAAAACACCGUAAGGAACUGCACCAUUUCUCAAACUGACCUGACGGAUGGCAUGGUCCUCGCCCAGAUGCUGCCCUUGGAGAAAAGAUGCGAGAGCUUCCUGCAGAGGAGGUUUCAGAAGCGGGAGAACAAGGAGAACGAGCAGCAGGAGCACUGGACCCGGCUGCACAGGUACUCCUUGCUUCUCCAGACAGAGAACACCAAGAAGUGACGGGGCCGCAGCCCCGGGCCCUGGGGAAGGGUUUCAGCAGCACAGGCUUUGCCCCAGGAGGCCCUCGGAGGAAGAGACACAGCCCCAAAGGACUGCAGCUCAGCAGGCCCGAGGGGCCUGGACUUGCAGUCUGGGACCUCCACAGAGCCAGGAAGGGGAGAGCUACUAUUUUGGGGGGCUUCAACCACUAUGCCGCUUGUCAGAGCCCUCAGGCAGACAGAUA